AUGCCUUUAAAGAAAGAGAAACAUCAUCAAAUUUUAACUGGUGUUAAAUUCCAGACAACACCUCUUGCUAAUAGUACAAAUACAACAUUAAAAUCAAAUGAAAAUGUUUCACUUACAAAUACUUAUUCUAAUUUAACAACAACAGAAAAACAAAAUUUAAAUAAUGAUUCAAUAAAUAGUUUAGAUCAUUUAACAAUUAUUCGUGAUCAAAAAACUGAACUUGAUGAAUUAAAUAAUCGUUUUUCAAAUUAUGUUAUUGCAUUACGUAAAAAAUCUAAAGAAAAUGAUGAUUUACAAAAAAAAGUUGAUGUAGAAAAACAAAAACAAAAAAAUUUAAUAAGUCAAGAUAAUCAAGAUCUUGAAACAAAAAUGAAUGAAUUACGUCAUGAAAUGGAUGAAUCAGCUGUAUUAACUGAACAUUUUAUUCUUAAACGUAAUCAAGCAUUAAAAGAGUUAGCUUUACUUAAAGAUAAAAUUCGUACUGAAGAAGAUUUUUCAUAUACAAAGCGUCGUCAAGCAUUAGAAAAUGAAUAUCAAGAAACAUUAGCACAAUUAAAAGAAUUAACAAAUCAUUAUGAAGAUUUAGAAAAAAUAUCUCAAGCAAAUAAAAAGGAAAUGAAUCAAAUGAAUGAUUUAUAUAAAAAACUUGAAGAUGAAUUACAUGAUCUUAUAUUAAAUAAUAUGAGACUUCAAUGUAAUCUUCGUACUAUAGAAGAACAAACAUUAUUAAAAAAAGCAAUUUAUGAAACUGAAAAAGCUGAACUUGUCAAUGAACAAAUUAAACAAAAACAAUUUUAUACAAAUGAAUUGGAUAAAGCUAUUGAAGAUAUUAAACAUGAUUUUCAAACAUUAUUAAAAAAUAAUAAAACUAUACUUGAAAAUUCUUAUACAGAACGUAUUGAACAAAUAAAAACACAAAUAUUAACAUAUGAAGCAAAUAAACAACAAGAAAUACCAUCAACAUCUCGAAUAUCAAUUGAAACAUUAUAUAAUGAACUUAAACAAACUGAAAAUGCUCGUCAAGAUAUUGAAAAUGAAUAUCGAUUAUUAAUCGAUCUUUAUAUAUCAAAACAAAAAGAAAAAAAUCAAAUUGAUGAGGAACGUGUUCAUCUUGAUAAUGAAUAUAAUCGUUUAAUAAAUGAAAUAAAUCAUUUAACAGACGCUAUUGAAAUUGGAAAACAAUAUUGGUUGUCUGUACAUUUUGAAUUAGAAACAUAUAGAAGAUUAUUAGAUUUAGAAACAACAAAAUCAUCAUCUAAUAUUAUUCAUACAUCACUACCAAAUGGUAAACAAGAAAAUAGUCCUAUUGAAGAACAACAACAACAACAAGAUCAACAACAUCAACAAAUGAUAACAGUCAAAAAAAAUGAUACACAACGUGCUAUAUCAAAAACUGGUAAAUUUGAUAUUGAUCAAGUUCAACCAGGUUUUAUUUCCAUAAAUAAUGCUUCAACAAAUUGUGUUGAUCAACCACUUAAAGGCUGGACACUUGUUCGUAGUAUAAAUGAUGGGCCAGAAAGUGUUUUUCAAUUUCCUGAUUCAUAUGUACUUAGAGCACGAACACGUGUACGUGUUUAUUCUAAUAAAGCUGAAAAUAUGGGAAAUAGUACAUUACAUGGUCGUCUAACUGCAACAUCAAUUCCAGCAUGGGCUAGUACAGUUCAAGGUGAUAAUGUGAAAAUUGUACUUCUUGAUGAAAAAGGUAUUAAUAGAGCUCAAUACAGUGAAACAUGGCAAUAA